UUUAUCGUGUAAAAAUCUGGAUGUUAUUACUUAUCAAGUAACGCUCUUCCUAACCUGAAUUUCCCCAUAUUUUGGUAGAUCGUAAUCGCAGUCAAGUGUGCUUUAUUCAAAUUGAAAGAACCAAUCACAUGCCCAACAUGGAACAGUGCUGUAGAAUGCCGGUUUAAAUGCACUAAGGAAAACAGCUGAGCUAAGCUAAACUGAGCUGAGCUAGGUUUGGUGAGAUUGAGAGCUGGACAGAAUAGUUAGACGAGAACGGGUUUAUUAUUAGUGUAGAAACUUUGGAGCAAAGCGCCACGCUUUCCAAGCCGCAGAUUAACGCAGCAUCAUUCGUUUGUGCUUAGAUUUUCCACUGCAUACACAAACAAUUGCAGUUGAUCUGUUUUACAUCGCGGGGGCGUCACUUAUCCGUGGGAAUCAUAAACAACUGACAUGUCAAUGAACAAUUUAUCAAUUGAUGGCGAGUUUCGUUACAUUAUACAAUGGUUUAAUGAAUGGAGCGAAUUGCAGCGAGAUGAUUUUGUAUAUGUACUGGUGGAAUACCUGACUCGAAGUGCAGGUGGUGAUGGUCCCUAUGUAAAUGGCGUCGUCCAUUCCUUAGCCACAACGGGCAUGGUGCAGGACAAGCCCAUGAGUCUAUUUCAGUGUCGUAUUAAACUGUUCCGUGAAUGGAGCGCCAGGUGGCCAGUCGAGUUCAAAUGCAAGUUGCAAGAGAAAAUCAACGAAAUUGACGCAAAAGUAGGGGAAAAGAUCGUCAAUGAACUAAAGGGGUCACAUUCCGAGCACAAUGGCGACAUCGCUAUUCAUUUAAAUGUAAAUGGAGCAAUCGGCGAUGACGAAGGCAAUAGCGAAGUGGAACAGGCUACAGCAGAAACGUUCCCAAUAACAACAAUAUCAGUAGUAGCACCAGCAGCAACUUUGACCGAAUCAUUGGAGACCGAUAAUAUUAACCACUUAGCUGAGGUGUUGCGUCAAGAAACCCCAGUUGAUGAUGACGAGGCUGGUGAUGAUUGCAAUGCUGAUAUAAAUGGUCAUUAUGUGUCGUCGACGUCGUCGGCUGCAGUGACAACGAUUGCUGUAAACACGUCGCCUCAGCCACCAACGACUAACGACGAACCAGUUGGACAAGUUGAGAAUAGCGUUACAGCCAGUGUCAUUGUCUCAGUUAACGCAGCCUCUGCCGCUACGGUCAGCCAAGCUGAUUUGCCACCAGACUGUGCUCCAUUCAGUCGCCUUCUGCUGCAUCAUAAACCUGAGGCAAGCGCCGCUGUCUUUGCCGUGGUCCAUGCGGCAGCUUGUGGCUUCGACGGCCUCGAGCCGCUCGCGUGCUGUCCCAACUUUUACUACAACUACCCAGAUGAGUCAUCGCCAGCGUCGCGUAUGUUGCGCUUUGCACCGCCUCCAGAGCAAUGGGUAUGGGACCGCAGGAAUAGUGCUGCUGCUGAAACGAGUUUACUGGACUAUCGGGAUUUCAAGACACAACGUAACUGGCCUCGACCUGUGGGCUAUGACUUUGAUGGCCAGCACUUCGGCCCGUUCCAUGAAUUUCGGUAUAACGUUGAACAUGGAAACGAGCCGGAGCCCAUCGAUUAUUUUAGACCGAAGCAGCCACGUGUUGUGGCCGAGGACAGGCCCAUUGUGUUUCCUGGUGACUUGCGUUUCCAGUCGGCAAUUGAAAAGAAAACGGAGUUUCCAACCAAAGUAGUAGCAACGAACAUCAAUAGAAAUAAAAAAGUGAAGGGUACCACGCCCAGACCAGCUCUUCAAACUUCAUCAGCCAGACCCAGAAAUGCGCCCGGCUGCGGCAUAAGUCUAACUAUGCGCAUCCUAGGAGGCCAACAAACCAGCCCGGGACAGUAUCCUUGGCUGGCGAGAAUCGCAUAUCGGAACAUGACCAAUAAUCGAAUCAGCUAUCGCUGCUCAGGAUCGUUGAUCUCCAACAACUAUAUUCUAACAGCGGCCCACUGUGUAGUGAACUUGGUCAACGAUUUGGAAUUAUCCCAUGUGCGCAUUGGCGAUCACACAAACGUCGAUCAAGACUGUGCGCCCAUGACUACCAAUUGCAGAGAUCCCAAUCUGUUUGCCAUCAACCGCCUAGUCGUUCAUCCCAGCUACGAUCAGCCGAAAUAUUCCAACGACAUUGCAUUGCUCAGAAUCAACAAUACAGAACAUAACUUCACGGCCAUAUGCUUACCUCUGAACAGCACAGCAACACUCGCGGACAGACUUAUUGGGCAAUUUGGCGUCGCAGCCGGUUGGAGCACUACAAUUGCGGAAAGCUCAGAUUCCUCUGUGCGUGUCAUACGACUGCCCAUUGUGAAUACGACCAGUUGUGCCAUCUCCUACGCCAAUCUGAGCGAAAACUUUCAGGACCCGAUCAUUAUUACGCCCAACCAUCUGUGUGCUCAAGGUCAGCCAAUGAACGAUGUCUGUCGCGGAGAUAGCGGUGGCCCGUUCAUGGAUGACGGCACUUCCGGGCUUAUAUCUAGGGAUGGACGCCACACUCUCCUCGGCAUUGUGGCAUUUGGACCAACUGUGUGCGGCAUAACUACAGUACCGGGAGUCUAUACGCAAUUUUAUUUCCCCAAUGAAGCUGCCCAGGUGCCUAACUACGGACGGUGUAUUACGCCAAACCGGGAGCGUGCCUUGUGCAUACAUCUGGAGGACUGCAAGUAUCUUUACAACAUCUUAACCACGUCUCCGCUGCGAGAUGCGGACAAACUUUAUUUAAGCCGUAGCCAGUGUGGCUAUGUCAACGGGAAGGUCCUGAUAUGUUGUCCAGAUCGAUAUCGCGAUGGUGCACCAGAAACAACGCUGCGACCAAAGGAGCCCAGUCACAACAUCUCGGAGCCAAACAGUCUACUACCGCUUCCCGGGCAAUGCGGCAACCUGUUGUCCAAUCGCAUCUUUGGAGGUGUUAAAACCAAAAUCGACGAAUUCCCCUGGAUGGCACUGAUCGAGUAUACCAAAUCGCACGGCUUCAAAGGUCAUCAUUGUGGUGGGUCUUUAAUUAGUGCCCGCUAUGUGGUCACUGCUUCACAUUGCGUUAAUGGUAAAUCGUUGCCCACAAACUGGCGGCUUUCUGGCGUGCGUUUAGGCGAGUGGGACACCACGACGGAUCCCGAUUGCGAAGUUGAUGUGCGAGGCAAUGAAGAUUGUGCUCCGCCUCACAUGGAUGUGCCUGUCGAGCGAGCCAUUCCGCAUCCUUCAUACAACCCUAACUCAAAGAAUCAAGUUAAUGACAUUGCCUUGCUCCGUUUGGAACGAUCUAUCGAAUACACAGACUUUGUGCGCCCAAUAUGUUUGCCGCUGGAUGAAAGGAUCCGCUCGUCUACUUUCGAUGGCAUUGCUAUGGACGUGGCUGGCUGGGGCAAGACGGAGGAGUUAUCAGCCAGUAAUCUUAAGCUCAAAGCGACCGUUUCUGGUUUCAAACUCGAUGAAUGUCAGUCCGUAUAUAGCCACCAAAGUAUAUUACUUGAGAACACGCAGCUAUGUGCGGGCGGAAAAGAGGGAAUUGACUCCUGUCGCGGUGAUUCAGGGGGUCCCCUGAUUGGAUUGGAUACGAACAAGGUAAACACGUAUUAUUUCCUAGCCGGUGUGGUGUCGUUUGGACCCACACCAUGUGGCUUAGACGGUUGGCCGGGCGUCUACACGCGUGUUGGUGACUACGUAGACUGGAUUCAAAAUACAAUAUCACCGUAAAUGUGAGUGGGUAAAAUUUACCUGAAUAGCUUCAAGUUUCUAUGAAUAAGAAGGUUGUAUAUUUUAUAAGUAUGUAAAUAAAGUUUAUACCUCAGGCAA